AUGGUUCUGGUAGAGGCGGUACAAUUAUCCGCAUCUUUUUCGUUGCUACCGCUAAAAAUAACUUCGCAUCAUCCGUCACCCUCGGUUAUGGAUUUACUCAAGACUGUCCUCAAAGUGGAAAAUCACACCAAAGAGCCUCUGAAUAUUCGCGGCAUUUUCGCUCGAUGUGGUGAAAUACCUUCCUUAUACCCCUAUGACGCUGGUGUCUCUGGAGCGUCUCUUUACUUUAUGAAAUUCACGAACAUCGAAAACGCCGAACGUGCAAUAGGUCUUGAGCUCGGCGGUGUAGGGAUCCGUGUCUACCCAAUCAGCACGAAUCCUCAGUUGAUAAAACAGUAUCGAUCUACAAAUCCCUCUGACUUUGACUCUUAUGGACGACCGCGCAGAACAAGCACCUCCAAUGCACCCAAGGACACCCUUGAUCGACGCCGCGGUUCUACCUCCGUCGUUAGAGCGGAGGCCUCUGGGGUCAUGCACUUGGAAUUUUCAAGAGAUCGGAACCUCUCCAACGCAGCAUCGUAUACUAGUAAACCACUAGUUAUGCCAAUGCAAGGUUCAUCGAAGUCAAGUGGAACCGGGGGUGGCGACGCGCACGUCACGCCCCGCCACCCUAGUUCCAGCACUCCACUAUUGACUCCCGUGACCAAUGUCAAGGACGAUUUGAAUAGUCAGGCGCCAACAGUAGUUGUUUCUUCGACUGACGCGGCACCGUCUACCUCAGCCUUUCCCCUUUCCUUUUCAAAUACCAUCACAAUGAGUCUUUCGGGCGGGGCUAUCACAUUCGACCUCCAAGAACUCCAACAAGAUCCGCAGGUAAUUAUAGAUAUCCUAAAGCUGACACAAAGCGAAAGGGGCAAUUGGAUGAUCGUAGCUGCAAACUAUCGUCGUUCUUCAAACACUCCAGCUGCCGUAAGCGUUCUGGAUGCGAUGACCACAGGUUCUAUCGACAAAUCUGGGACUUCAGAACUUAUGAAAAGAGGCGUUUCAGAGCAAGACCUCAAACCAGCUUUUCUAAUGCUGUCGGGUUGCGAAGUUGAACUCGCCAAGAAAGCAAAGGAAAAGAAAGACACCGCUGCUGCUUCGGUUCAUUAUCGAGCCGCACAAAAAUGGCUUCAGAGGGUUUUCGGCGAGGGUGCGCCUCCCCCAGGAACGUUGGCGCGAUUGCAGCCUUUCAACGUUGCACCCACUCAAACGACGUCAACUAUGGCAACCGAUUCUUCUCGUCUCUCAUCGAGGUCCAUUCCAACUAGCCCCUCGGCCAGCCGAUCCAUUCCAACUAGCCCCUUGGCCAGCCGAUUGAAAGUACCGAUUCCCGUUUCGCCGACCACCCCCGGAACACCCUCAAUUUCUACCCCUACGAAGCCAUUUGGUGCAAUACCUACAAAGCCUGGCUACUCAAUUUCGUUGUCUCAACAUCGAGUACUUGAACGCGAGCUCCAAUCUCAGAGAGAUCGAAAUCAUGAUCAAGCGCUCCUCCUUUCAGAAGUACGGAACGUGAAACGCAAGCUUGAGGAAGAUAAUGAACAUGAACGAAAUUUACGCCGGAAGCUUCAACGGAAACUUGAUGAACUUGAAAAGGAGCGCGACGAUGCGCGUCGAUUGGAGACGUAUGCAUUGGAUCAGAUUAAGCGAGAGGUCAGUAUCAGAAGAAAGGCAGAAGAGAGAGCUGAGAAGGAGCAUGAGUUGAGAAUGGAGCUUGUCAAGGCUACGGCAGAAAGGAACAUAGAUACCAAGGUCGUAUUCGAAGAUCUCGGAAACGCCCACAACGUGAAGGCUGGGCACAUUGGGAACGAGAAUACCCCUCCAGACGCUGGAGCAUGA